CAUGGCGGGAAGUCUACAAGAGAAAUUUAUUCUAAAACCCAUCUAACUAAACAAAAACUAUCUAUAAAAACGUAUCUACAGCAAUGGAGCCUUCAAGGAGUACGUCUCCGGUUGUUCACAUGGUUGCAGAAGGAGAUAAAGUUACCAGUGAUCUUGAGCGUCAUGCUUCAUUCCAUCAAGGAGGCACUAUUGAUGAUAUCACAAGACAGAUUAGUGUGCUAGACACAUCACUACAUGACAGUAAUACACAGUCACAGCUUGUAAUAGACAAAUACUUGAAGGAAAAAGGACUGCAGUAUGAAGAAGAGGAAGAUGAGGAAUUUGGUUAUGGCAAACUAAUGAUUGACUACAAGCCACCAAAACCUGUCUCUAGGGAUAGGAUCAUUAGUGAUAAAGAACAAGAAGCAAAAGAGCUGAAGAAAUUUGCAGGGAUGUUUUCAGUCAGAACAGCUCUCCAGCCUUCAAGCGGUAAUCCCUUUGAGAAGAAUCUUGGUAUGAAAUGGAAAGCAUCAACAAAUACAAAGAAAGCUGAAAAGAGUAAGGGSAUGAAACCAAUGCUGGUUGAGCUUCAUGUAUUUCCUGGUUAUGAACAAGAUGAACUAACACCUCUCCCUUCACCUUUGGUUGUCAAAGUCAUCCUUGAGAAAGUCCUAAGUGCACAGGUUGACUUGAGAAGAAAGAUCAAGUUUCAGAAGUACCUUGUUGCAUUGCUAACAUCCAAGAUGUCAGAGGCAGUCAUACAGGAUAUAUUCUGGUGGUAUUUUCUAGACAAAUAUCAGCAAAAUAAAAGAAUCCAAGAAUUAAUGUUCAACAGAAUAGCGCAUAAUUAUGUCAAGCUUCUGUUCAGGGCUCCAAUCAAUGAAUACAGAGAUACUUUUUUYAAGCGUUUUCCUAACUUAGUGACYCAAGCAGUGUACAGUAUAUUUUGUUCAGCCUUCCCAACAUCUUACAAACAGUUUGAUGCAACUUUCAAAGAACAAUUAGUGCAACUUGUCUAUCAGUGGAUGGUUGGUGUCAAACCUGUGCCUCAUUUAUGGGACAAAUGGAAAUUAGAUCGAUUAGAACCACCAGACAUGAGGAAAGAUGAAAAGAUCAAGAAAGAUGCUUCUAAAGUUCAUUUACCAGYGGAUCUUACAGAAGAAAACUUAAACAGACAAUCAAGUAUGUCUAAAGGCUUUCAAAGACCUCUUCCUCUUGUCACAGAAGACAAAGCAGGCACUGGCAAUAGACGAGACUUGCGACAUAAAUCCAUUACACCAAAAUAUCACAGCAGUACAAAGCUUGUCAACAAGGAAAGCUCAUCGUAUUUGUCAGUACCAAAUGAUGAGAAAUCUGAGUUAAGUGGGAAGMUGUCAGAGAACUUUGACGAACCUGUCACUCUCACAGCAUCAAGAUUAACAAUGAAAGAAUCAUCUGUAUUUAAUAAUCGAUAUAGAAGCAGGAAAAGAACAAGUGAGUCUUGUCCUGUAGGUAAGGGACCAGAGUUUAGUCGCUCAGUUUUCGAUGUUUAUGGACACAGUCCUUUAGUGGARCAGUUUUUAAACCAGCAGAGGCUUGCUAAGGACGCUGGGACAGCCAUUCUGGUCCAGAGAACAGAAAUCAAGAAACUACCACCUCUCGAUGCYGAAACAUACCAAGAAUUGAUUAAAAAAUCCCUAAAAGUUUCUAAAGAAAUGGGCUCGAAUUUCAGAAGGCUGCACGAAGAUGACCUGAAAAAACGAUCGAUGUUUGCUAAAAAGCACAAACAAGGAUAUCAAGAUUACAUCAGACGACAAAAUGACCUUCUGGCUAAGCAAAAAGAGGUUAAGAAAAUCAGUGAUUUGUUGGUUCUUGAACUUAUGAAAGACGGCGRUGAACAGAGUAGUGGUAAAGCAGCGGCUGCUAUAGCAACAGCCAUGGGAUUCACGUCGCCAGAAAAUGUCUGAAUUAGUAAUACACGUGUUGCCACGCCCUUYAAUUGGAUUCACACUGGAGGUACCACAUUGAAGGGGAAUGUUAUAUAUAUUGUAAUAUAGGAUUUUUGUAUAAUACAGAAAAAGGUUUUAUCACCUUUUAAUGAAGGUAAUUUGUGAUAAUGAUAGACUUAAUUUACCAAAAAAAUACCUUAUGAAAACAGAUUUAUUAAAUUAUGCUUCUUAAAAAAAUAAUUGUAAUUAAAUUGAA